AUGAAGUCUACUACUCAAAUUAAUGCUCUUCUUACUGGAAGAAUCACACUACAACAAUUGUUAAACAUUGAAAAUACUACUUCAGAAACUUUUCUAGUUCAUCAACCAAUAAAGCAAAAGAAAAAAAAAUUA